AUGCUGACAGUAUGUGCUCUUCCAACUCUUCCUUGCCAACACUUUCAUACGCACUACAGCAAGGAACUGGUAUGCAACGAAACAAACAUAUGCACCCUCGAGUACGAACAAGAACUCUUCUUCAAUAAGCUUCAUAAAGAAGCUUGCGUCAUGUUGCGCUACCGAAACCACACAGUAGGCAAACUCAAAUUCACCUUCCAGAGAGCACGCCAGAUUUGCAACAAACAGACGCUGUUCUAUACAAGGGACACUUCAGCGAAAGUGUUCUACGAAAAACGCUGCCCCUUCAUGGGUUCAUGUCUCGGUAACAAGUGUAGAACCUUGCAGCAGGAUGAAAGUAUUCCGGAACUAUAUGACGCCGAAAAAUUCCCUGGCUAUUCCAUGUGCAGUUCCACCUGCGCAGGUCUGGCUUGUGGUUGCCUAACACCAUUUCCAGGCUGCCUAUUCUAUAGAGUUGCGCAAGUACCGAAGAGUGAGGCAAUAUACCACAUAUUCAAGUGCGCCUCGUGGAAUCCUGAAAUCCACAUUUCGCUCGAAACAACCUUCACUGGAACCACAACGAGCAAUCCCUUGCAGUUACACCCAUACGUGUCAAAAAUGAUAGAUGGAUGGGACAUCAAGGUAACAUCACUGCAACAUAUCAUACAUGCCGCUCUAAGUAAGCGCUUCGCAGAAUCCGCAGCGGGAUUCAAAAUGCUAGGCGAUGCAUUCAAAAUCGCCGUCGAAUGUCCAGAUGAGAACACUGCUAGAAAACACUUCGCCAAUUGUUCAAAUGAGGUGGUUUGCUCGUGUAGUCACACAAUGGCGGCCGCACAAUGCGUCUGCCCUCAAAACAGUUUUCAGGAACCGCAGAACUCCACCACCAACUUGCCAGCCAUAGAGCCUCACCUAAACAUUACUGCUUCGGAAACAGUGAUGAUUGACACAGACGAUACCGAGGUAACAUUACUCGUUACGUCAAAAAACCAAUUCCAAAUGGCACAGGUGGUGGUAGAUCCUCCCUGCUCCAUGCAUGCAACAAGCAUAACAGGGUGCUACGACUGCUCGGAAGGAGCAAAAGCCACAGUGUACUGUCGCUCAGAUUCAUCCAGCGAUAUAACCCUGGAAUGCACAGACCAAACAUUCCUUAUCGGCUGCUCGAAGCAGACAAAGCCAAAUGUCCUAAAGCUUCAAUACGAUCAUGCUGAUGUAAAAGACAUUUGUUCAUUUCGAUGUGGAGGGAAAACCUCCAAAAUCGACUUAUCUGGUACUCUUUUUUAUCACACACCCACGUUAGAUCACGAAAUAUUUGAAGGUGAUACAAAAAGAACAGCCAGUAAUGGAAAUUGGUGGAAUAAUCUCGCAAUUCCAGACAUCAGUCCUCUUCUUGGCACGAUAACUAAGCACUGGAAAAUAACGGCUGCGGUUAUCGGCGGUUUUACAGUAAUCGGACUACUUGUAUACUUCCUUGGACCUACAGUAAUAAUCGCCAUAAUCCGUAUACUCACCGCCAUCAUCCUUGCACUCCUACGAACCUUCUUCGAGUGCGUCACCAAUCUUCUCUCCCUCUUGCGUCGAUAUCGCAACGAAUAA